CAAUUUAGUGUGAAUGGAAUUUAAACUAGCGCAUUUCACAUGAUAGAAUAUUGCAUACAUUGAGAAUGUCUCAAGUAUUGACAAAAUAUCUCAUUAUCAAUACUGAGUCAAAUUAUGGACAGUACUUACACUCAUGAACUAUCUGUUCCAAAGUUAUUAAUAUAUUGAAAAUCGAUGCUCUAUGUUGCAGUAUCACUAUUUGAAAAUUAUGCUAUCUAAAAUUUGUCUUAUUUCCCACCACUGAGACGAGACAAAAAAAUGACCAAACUUGAAUUUUGGUUAUGUGAACAAUAAAUAUUCUGCUAUUUACAUUACCUAAAGCAUAUGCCAGUGUUGCAUAAAAUAGGGAUGGCGAUGUGGUUUUAUUUAUUGUCUUUCUUGUUUCACUAAACCCGGGAAAAUUGGUCAGGAAUUUGUUAAAGAAUAUAUCCUGAACUCCAAAUUUAGUAGCAGUUUUGAAGUGUAUUUAUCUCUGAGGAAAUAAAAUCAUGAAUUUGCAUCACAAUUCUGUCAUAGUAUCCUACAAUGUUCACAUAAAUUGACAUCUCAGUGUUUGUUUCAUACCAAGUUCAGAAAACAGUGAAUAUCUUGCAACAAAUAUGCCUGGUGUUAAGAGCCUCAUUAUUUUAAUUCACCAUUGUAAUUGGUGAAAGGUGAAUAAGAGCAUAGUCAAAAUCUAAAUGUAUGUUUUGUAUCUCAAAAUACAGUUAUCAAAAUCUAUUUUAUCGGUUGAAAUUUCAGGGAGAAUUCAUUAACAUAUUCAAACGAAAAUUUAUGACAUGAUUAGAAGGUAAUUUUUGAUAGUCAAUACAAAGCUGAUUGCUCUAUCUUCUUGAUAUACAUUACUGUGACCCAAAAAUUCAGUGCAGUUUUUCAUUAUCUCUUUCCACCAAUAAGAAUCAUGUUUUUACCAUUUAUGCUGCUUUUAUCUGGCAUGUUUUGCAUCAACCUACACUGACAAAUUGGUAAAUUUUUUCGGUUUUGUAUGUUAGUGAUUGUUGCCAUUUCGUCCACAUGAACCAUAUUUUAAUCAUAACAAUUUCGUGCCAAUUUUUGUACCUAAUACUGCUUUGAACUAUUUAGGUCUUGUGAUUUCAUAUUUUAGUAUGCUGAAUCUGAUUGAUAAAUUUGAAUAGCCAUGAGCAUGUCACCGGUCAAAUCAACAAAAUUCCCUGAUGAAUUACCCCAUGAUAUCCACCUUGAUUUAUUGAAUGAGUCUUUGGAGAAUUGUAAAGUUGAAGCGGUCAAAGGCACAUAUGCGUAUUAUCAUUAUUUAUGUGAUGGAGUAGACGACAGAGGUUGGGGUUGUGGUUACAGAACUCUACAGACUAUGUGCAGUUGGAUACAUUAUCAUAAACAGAAAAACAGGACAAAAAGUAAAAAUGAAACCACAAACAGUGACAAAAUUUAUGAUAAAAUUACAGGACAUGUGCCAUCUAUAUCAGAGGUUCAGCAUGCAUUGGUUUCAAUGGGUGAUAAGGAGCAUUCAUUUAUGGGGUCAAAAGAGUGGAUUGGUUCUUUCGAAAUAUCAAUAUGCAUAGAUUACGUGUAUGACCUACCCUGUGGAAUCGAGCAUGUUCCCCAAGGGCAACUUGUGAAUCACAUACAAAGUAUAAACGAACAUUUUCAAAAGUAUGGCAGUCCUAUUAUGAUGGGUGGAGAUAAUGAUAAUUCGUCAAAGGGUAUUUUUGGUAUCGCUAGAUGCAAUCAAGAAAAUUGUAUUUAUUUAUUAAUUAUAGAUCCACAUUGUACCUUUAUUGAUUCUGACCCAAAUUUCUUAGUUAAAAAUAAGUGGGUUGAUUGGAGGCGAAUUGAUAGUUUUGAUAACUAUUCAUUUUAUAAUCUUUGUUUCCCAUUGUUGUCUUCGUAAUUUUCUGACGCAGUAAAUUGGAUUUGAAUGAAUUAUUUUGUCAUGAUUGAUUACUUGGUGCAUUACUGAAUAUGAUUGUUUUAUUAGAAGGGGUGCUUAACACAAUAAUUUAUAGUAUUUACUGAAAUUUCUCAUCUGACCAACUUGUUUUGUUUGUAAUGACUUCUGUAUAGAUAUCGAUUGACAUUU